CUGAUAAACGCUUCGGCAGGUCUUCUCACUAGCUCAGCUAUCAAGGCUGUGGUCGUAGUGAUAAUUGCAACCAUGCUAUUAUUCAAGUUUGAGGGCUAUGAAAAGCUAAGAAGAAUGGACGUGGCGAUAGCGUGGAUACCUCUAAUUCUAGUGGAUUUUGUAAUAGUUGAGUUUUUAAUUGCAGUGGUAUCCUGGUACCCCACCAAAUAUGCGGCCUGGUGUGCGGUGUUAAUGAGCGUACAACUUGCCGCCUUGUUGGCGGGUUCAAUAGGAAUAGCAGUCUGGAUGUGGAACUCGAUAAGCAUUAAAAGUGGCCUAGGUGGAGAAGAGAAGAGA